AUGUUGUCAAAACCUGUAUCGAACUACAAAAGCUCGUCAAGCGGUACUUUGAAAGAUCUCUGGGCUGUAGUGCGCACGGGCAGUGUACAUGACGUCGAGAUAGCUCAGCUCCAUUUGAAAAAACAAAAUGGGAACGUCAACAAGAAAAAUGCUUUUGGCUCCACUGCACUUCACAUUGCUUCCUUGAGGAAUCAUCUCCCUAUUGUGAGAAGGCUGUUAGCUGCCGGAGUCGAUCCUAACGCACGCGAUGGAGAAUCAGGAUGGAGCAGUCUUCAUAGGGCUCUUCACUUUGGCCACCUUGCUGUGGCUGGAUUGCUCAUUGAGGCUGGCGCAUCUUUGGUUCUUGAGGACUCCAAGGGCCUGACUCCUUCAUUGCUUAAUUCAACAUUUAUAUGUGCAAAGGAAGUGUUUAGUUGGGGCAACGGCGUCAAUUAUCAACUAGGAAUUGAAACCACCAGUAUCCUAAGAGUGCCAGCCCGUGUAGACGAUUUGCAAGGAUGUGACAUUGUUUCUGUUGCCGCAGCAAAAUUCCACAGCGUCGCAUUAACAGCUACUGGUGAAGUAUAUUCAUGGGGCUUUGGACGGGGCGGUCGUUUGGGACAUCCGGAUUUUGACAUUCAUAGUGGGCAGGUUGCAGUCAUCACUCCUCGCCAAAUUACGAACAGCUUUGGCUGUCGACCUGUUAGGGUAAUAGCUGUAGUGAAACACCAUAUUAUUGUGGCAACAGACGGUGGAGAAGCAUAUACUUGGAGUUCAAACAGAGAGGGCCGGCUUGGAACCCACACGUCGACACCCAGCCAACUCCCCGGGCGCGUGAAUACUUUGAAGGCCAAAGUGGUGAAAGUAGGGAGCAUCAAAUAA